UUGAAUCGCAGACAUAAAAUCUAAAUGAAGGAUGUGAGGCAGUUUACAUAGUAUAGCAGGUUGUGGCCACUCAUGGAAAGCCGCCUUUUCAGCUUAUAUCACGAUGCUCUCGAAGAUACAUAAUGGUGUAUUAUCUAGACCUUUAAUUACAAAUAUUCAGCACCAACCGAGGCCGCCGGUCUCGUCCUCGACUCUCUUGCGACAGCUUGCCUAUCGCACUCGAACAUUCUCUGUACAACCGAUUCUUCGAUCCCAAGAAACGCAAUCGAAAGCAGACUCUACGCGCAAAUUCAUAUACCAUGCGGCCGCUUCGUUUUCUGCCAAAUAUAAGAGGUUCAACCCGACAAACGACGUCUUCCAUUUCAAUCCCUAUAAUCGCAUCCAGACGCAGAAGAAGCGUCCCAAAUCGAAGCGUCCCGCGAGUGGACAGGAUGCUUUCUUUAUAAGUCGUGUGGGCGACACAAACGCCGUUGCCUUCGGCAUUGCAGACGGCGUUGGAGGCUGGGAAGAUAGUGGCGUUGACCCAGCCGACUUCUCACACAGCUUCUGCGACUAUAUGGCCUCAGCAGCCUAUGAACAUAGGUUAGAUGCAACUGGUUCGUCCUUGACGGCCAGAUCUCUAAUGCAGAAAGGAUAUGAUGACGUAUGUCAGGAUGGAUCCAUACAUGCUGGGGGUAGUACAGCCUCGAUUGGUAUCGCGAGCGAAGAUGGCAAGCUAGAAGUUGCUAACCUAGGUGAUUCGGGAUUUGUGCAUUUGCGUCUGAAUGCUGUACAUAGCUAUUCGGAGCCGCAGACGCAUGCCUUUAACACACCGUAUCAGUUAUCCAUCGUGCCGGCAAGCAUGCUGGCACGCGCCGCCGCAUUCGGAGGGGCACAAUUGUGCGACUAUCCCAGAGAUGCGGACGUCACACAGCACACGCUGAAACAUGGGGAUAUACUUGUCUUCGCGAGCGACGGAGUCUGGGACAACCUAUUCAACCAAGAUGUACUUCGCAUAGCUAGCCGGUUGAUGAUCGGGCUAGGCGCCUGGCAAGCAAGUGAUGGUGGUAUACUCGUCCCUCACAACUUACUACCCUACACCCAGGCAGAAGACUCGACGCAGCGGCCGUUGACGCUUCAGAGCGCACUAGCAGUAGAAAUCGCGGGGGCCGCCAAACUGGCGAGCACGAACCAACGAGUUGACGGACCAUUUGCUAAAGAGGUUCAAAAAUACUAUCCCCAAGAGAAUUGGCACGGCGGCAAAGUCGACGACAUCUGCGUCGUCGUCGUAGUGGUCUCUGAGGAAGGGAAAUUAGAAGCAAUCAAGAGCAAGCUAUGAAACUACAAUGACUAGUAUUGUACCCAAGUUGAAAGAAUAUAGAAUUAUGCAUCGCCAGGCGUUCAAAAGAAGGGAGGAAUCAAUAUUUUACGAGCAUUCCACAAGCAUUCUGCAUAUAAAAGCAGGCGGACGGGCAGAGAAGGCAGGUCGUAUGUACUUGUAUGAUAUUCGCUGCUAAAUAUAUACCUAUUUAUAACUCUA